CAGAGACGCUCCUACAGGAAGUAGUUUGUUAUUCUGCAGAGGCUCCACCCACUCAUUCUCUGGGUGAGGGGACGGACUUUGUUUAUGCAACAGAUCCAGACCUGUCCCACUUCUGCAGAGUCCCAGGCCGAGAGGUGUUCACAGUAACCAGGAUGAUGAAGUUGAUGGAGGAUGAGGUGUUCCGGGCCUUCAGCACCUAUGCUGCCGUGGUCGUUGUGAAGAUGAUGCUGAUGUCUCCAAUGACCGCUUUCUUCCGCUUCACCAGAGGAGCGUUUGCUAAUGAGGAAGACGUGGCCAGAAAAUCCCCGGAGGAGAGGAAGAAGCUGCUGAGAACGGAUCCUGAUGUGGAGAGAGUUCGGAGGUGUCAUCUGAAUGACCUGGAGAACAUCGUUCCCUUCGUGGUUCUGGGUCUGCUGUACUCUCUAAGCGGUCCCGAGCUCUCCUCUGCUCUGCUGCACUUCCGGCUGUUUGUGGGUUCGAGGAUCUUUCACACCUUGUCCUACGUGGGUUCGCUUCCUCAGCCCUGCAGAGCUCUGGGCUUCAUGGUUGGUCUGCUCACCAACGUGUCCAUGGCCUACAGGCUGCUCAGCUCCGUCAUGGUCCUGUGAGACCUGUACCUUCAGUCCCGACCUACAGAUAUCUGCAGGUGUGUCUGUGUUGCAGGUGUGUCUGUGUUGCAGGUGUGUCUGUGCUGCAGGUAUGUCAGUGGUGCAGGUGUGUCUGUGCUGCAGGUGUGAAUGUGUUGCAGGUGUGUCUGUGCUGCAGGUGUGUCUGUGCUGCAGGUGUGUCUGUGCUGCAGGUGCUGUUGCAUGAAAUAUCUCACAGUUUUAAAUAAAGGGGUUAAAUCCA